AUGGUGCACGGUAAUACUGGUAGGAAACUUGUUGUGUCGGUCGAUAUUGGUACCACAUUCACUGCCACGUCAUUCUGCAUAUUACAAAGGGGAAAAGUGCCCAAGUUUGAAGAAAUUCUUCGGUGGCCCAAACAGGGAUGUCAUGCUACACCAGAUGCCAAGGUACCCUCCAUAGUUUAUUACGACAAGGACGGAAAAGCUCGUGCUUUUGGUGCAGAGGUUGAAGAUGAAGAGAUUAUAUUGCAAGCAGAAAGUGAAAAUUGGCAUAAAGUCGAAUGGUGGAAGCUCCAGCUGAGGCCAGACCAUCUACCGAUAAUAAACGGCCUUUCCCUACCUAUCCUCCCUGAAGGUCUGACUGUUGAAAAAAUAUUUACUGACUUUCUACGUUAUACUAUGGAACAAGUCAAAGCAUACAUUACCGCAACCUACGGAGAUGGAGCGAAAAUAUGGGAUGCACUUUUUCCUGCCAUGUAUGUCGUUUUGACCACUCCGAAUGGAUGGGAGGGUGGUCAGCAAAAUAAGAUGCGUCAAGCUGCGAUUACUGCUGGUAUAGUCGAUGCAGAAGGAGGUCGACGGGUUCGAUUUGUUACAGAAGCCGAAGUUCGACCAUGCUAUAUGCUGCUGAAUGCGGUAGUGUAA